AGAUUAACAGAUUCUACUUACUAAGUAACCUACAUAAUGGCCCAGGCCAAUGCAACUUUGACUUAUCUACCAAUGGAUCUCAUUCUGAGAAUCCAAGGAAGGUUUCCUACCGGUCCUUUGUCAGGGUUUGAUCCGGAUGCUUCGAAACUGUAUGAUCCAAUUUGGAAAUCCUUACUUAAGUUCCAACCUCCAACAACCUCAAAUAUCGAAAGUAAAGAUAAUACCUUACCAAUACCUGCUUAUUCUCAAUAUCUCACUGAGCUAUUGAAUGCUAUGGUGAAUGGAAUCGAAUCCCAGAGACCCAUGUUUGAAUCAAGUAUUUUUACAUUGACUACUUCUAUUCCUACAUUAAAACAAAACGAGUAUUUCAAUUCAAAGAGAUACCCAGAUAACUACCUUUCCAAAAUCCUUAUUGACAACUUUGAGCAGAUCCAACUGUGUAUACUAACGUAUUCCAAUUUGAAUGUCUCCUCCCACUUGACGAAAUUUUUGGUUAACUUGAUAUACUCUCUUCAAUUUUGGGAAGUAUACCACUUGAUUAACUAUUUACCAAACUUCAAGCUGUUUUUGGUAUUGUUGGACUUUGACAUUGUGGAAACAUACGAAACUUUAAUCAGGCCCCCCAAGAACUAUUUGGAAAAGAACCUUUACCAGGGAUUUCAAUAUCCUUUCCCUUACCCAUUUUAUAACUUUUCCUAUCAUACACUCAAGGACAAUGUUGAACAAAAGUAUGCUGAUGUUCAUAUCACACCUUAUAUUGACAUUCGCUUACGAAAAAAUCCCCCAAAUAGGCGGUAUAAAAAGAAAACCCAGAGAUUGAAACAACAAGGCUAUACUGCCUCAAAAUAUGAUGAGAAGAUAAAACAGGAACCAGCGAAGAUAUCUGAGACUAUUCAAAUUGGAAACCAAAAAUCGCUGUACGCUGCAAACGAGAUCAAUGAAUCAGUAACUCAACAACCUGAGUUCAAUCGAAUGGCACCUAGCACUGAAGAUAUGCAGUCAUCUCCAUUCACCGCAACCCCAGCUUUGAAUUUCCCAUACUCUCAACAGCAUAAUUUCGGUUAUCAACUUAGACCGUUACAACCUCCACCAGUGCAGAUGAACUACGGCCAGCCUGGGGUAUUCGGUGUAUCUCAAGGAAUGUACCUUCCACCCGUGGCCAAAGCCCAAGGUUUAUAUCCUUAUAUGCCGUUUGCUCCGAUGAAGCCCAAUGAUCAAAUUCAAUCACAACCUUCUUCACAGAUUCCUUCACCAUUACAGCAAGAAGUCCAACCAAUACAACCACAGGUUCCUUUAAUGGCCACUUCAUCAGCACAGACCAAACCUCAAAUACUGCCUAUGCAACCUCAGUCUCAUCGUGAAACCCAGUUGCAAAAUCAACCAGAAAGGCAACAACUUGACCACCUGUUAGACCAGUCUGAAAUAAAGCUGGCUGUGCCAAAUGCCCAGCCAGUACCGUGUGCACCUCCUCAAUCUCAACCGGAAGUUCCCAUUGUGUCUCCUGUGCAAACCCAAACUACUACUCUACCUCAAACUUCUCAAGUCGUGGAUUCUGGUGCAGGAGAUAAGAGAGAGGUAGUCCACACUGAAACAUAUGACUCAAGCUCAGUGUCACAUGACCCACCUUCUGGUCACAAAUCUCCUAAACAGGCUCCAGCUCUACGGUGGAGACAAAACUAUGUUGCUCCACAGGAGCACGUUCGUCCAGAAGUUCAAGAAGAUGUCCAUAAGCCUCUUCCACAAGGUGCUUUGGAGGACGUAUUUCAAAACGGAUCGACUAAUGUUACACUUAAGUCUGGCUCUGGAAGAAAUGAUGCUGGAGUUUUCCAGGGAAAGUUCCUGGAAAUUGAACAAAGUUCACUGGCUACACUUAAACAGGAAAACGAUAUUUAUGGAUCUGCCGAUGCUUCUGGUGACUACGAUUCUAGUGACAUUUCAAGUGAUGAAGAGCCAUAUGAAAAGGCCAUACGUAAUCCAGACCGUCCUAUUGUCAAGUACAAACCUCGUGCUACACAAGUUAUUCACCAAUGUCAUUUACUUGAUCCCACAUCAUAUACCCCUUGUCUUAAGAUCUUUUAUGGUAAAAACGAGUUGUUGCGUCACCAAGAAUUUGUACAUGCUACCAGAAAGAAGAUUUACAAAUGUCUUUAUUGCCUGAGGAACGGCAGCAAGAUCCAGAGUUAUCCAAGACAUGAUUCUUUGGCUCGUCAUAUUCGUCGAAAGCAUGGGGUCACAGGUAAAGAGAAUAAACUUGCGGUCAAUUAUGCCAAAGAAAACGUUGAAAUCAUCGAAGAUCCUAACAGGACUAGUCAAGGAGAGCUUUUGGAAAUAACCACUCGACCUUUACCACACCCACAGUUUUUGAAUGAAGACUUCACCUUGAAACCUAAUUAUGCUGGAUUCUUACUGUUUAACACUCGAGAAAGGCUCAACAAAAAAGACCCAAAAGAUACUGAAAGUCUGGACUACGGAAACGAAGGUGCCGUAUCUGACUCCAGAGCCUCCACAUCUCCUGAUGAAGGCAAUUUGGCCGCCAAUAGUGGCACGGAAAAUCAUACCGCUCCACCAACCGGCAAAUACACAUACCCUGGUGGAACAGUGCCUUAUAGCUAUAUGGCGAGCCAGUUCCCGUAUCUGCAACAACAGAUUCCUAUUACCAACCAAAUGGGAUCAUCGCAGCAAUUUAACCCUCUGGGAGGGUAUUUGAACCUUCCACAAAUGCACAAGCCACCGGUGCAGAAUUCAGUUCGUAUGCCGACAUCUACACCCACGUCAGAUCAACGUUCGGUCCCAGCUCCAGGUUUCCAGGGUCCGAUUAUUUCGUUUGCAAGUAAUUACUACACUGCCAAAGAGGAGGAGAGAGAUGAAAAAAAACAAAACCCAACCUAAUAAAUGUUGUACAGCAUCAAUUUGCAACAUCACACGAAAUACUUAGAUCGGAAUUAUAUAGGUUAAUUAUUCAAUGACUAAAAAUUAUUUUUUUUUCAAUUCAUAAGCAAACAGCUAAGGUAACUCAAAAUCUCACUUAUCGCUGCAUAUUUGGUGUUUUUUGCAGUUAUUCAAUCUCAGCCAAUUGGAAUAAAAAGGCGUGCGCACAUCUAAAAAAAUUGCAGUCAAAAGAAAAAAAAACCUGUUGUCAAACAAAAUCUCCCACUAGGUCAGCGCUUUACAGAUACUAAUCCAAUAAAAGCAUCCACAUUUUCUACUAUUUCAAUACUUCCUAUCAGUGCUUAAAUUUGGAACAGGCACAUUUUCCUUUUAUAUUCCUAGUUUUACCGACUUUUUCCAUCUUGGUUGGUACGGCAAGUCUCAAUAUUAUCCUUAGGGU